CUAUUGAACGUAUGCUUUCGAAUGAGCAAAGUUGCUUAGGUUGCGAGUUUGGAAACUAUACAGAUUGUUUGUCUCGAGAAUGCGUAAUUGCUGAUGGUAAUAACAGAAUCAUCGAGGUGUAUAACAAGAUGAUGCCUGGACCAUCAAUCGAGGUCUGCGAAGGUGAUCAAAUUAUUGUUGAUUUCACCAACAAUUUAUUGGAUGUGGAUUCGACUAUUCAUUGGCACGGGAUGCACCAAAGGGGAACUCAAUUCAUGGACGGAAUUUCCUUUGUCUCACACUGCGCUAUUAUUCCUCGGACGACCUUCAGAUAUUCGUUCAACGCAUCGCAAGUUGGGACGCAUUGGUAUCAUUCGCAUUCUUCGGUUCAACGAUCGAACGGAGCGUACGGUGCUCUCAUAAUCCGAAGACCAACUUUUCAACGCACGUUCGAUUUAUCCGAGCACAUUGUGAUAAUCAACGAUUGGUUCAAAGACUUGCCAAUUACUCAUUUGUACAAGCAAGUAAGAAACAAAAAGAUCUACACCGAUUUAAUAUCUUCGAUACUCGUGAACGGGUUUGGGUCAACUGUUAACAAUACCAUUCCUCCGAAGCGAUUCUUCGUAAAGCAGGGUUUCAGGUAUAGGUUUAGGAUUAUACACGCUGGAGGCGAAACGUGUCCCAUCAAAAUAAAUAUCGACAACCAUUCGUUCUAUGUUGUAAGCACAGAUGGCAACGACAUAAUCCCAAUCUUAACAGACAGCGUUUCCAUCUCGAAUGGCGAAAGAUUCGAUAUUGUUGUUGAGACGAAUCAGAGGAUCUCCAGUUACGCAAUCAGAUUCACCGGUUCAAUUCUAUGCAGUUUCUCAGCAGUUGCAGCUUUGGUUUAUGAUGGAGCCAAAACUGCGACGGUCUCCUACGAAUACGACGCGCUAAAUCCAGAUUUCGUGGGAGUCGCUAAUCCAAACAUGCCGAGGAAAGCACCGAACGUGUACAGCUACACUGAUCUGAGAUCGACCACUCGCAUUCCUCGAGAUUUAACUGGAAGUCCUGACUUUCAAUACUACGUGGCUUUCAAAGUUGAACCAUUAGGAUAUAAUACUACUAGUGGAUUUAAUAGUACCGGCAUCAUCUCAGCGCACUUCAACAAUAUCGUAAUGGAAAUACCAUCAACUCCCUUACUAUUGAAUCCGAAUCCUAGUAAUGUCUGCAGUUCAAAAGACUCUCCAAACUGCGAUAAAGAUUUGAAUAUUUGUGAGUGCGUUCACAUCGUUGAGUUUCCGUACAAUGGAUUGAUCGAAGUUGUUUACGUUGAUGAGGGACAGGGUACUACCUUGGUGCACAGCAUGCAUUUGCAUGGUUACCACUUCUACGUCAUCGGACAAGAUAAGCUUGGUGCAAGAACAACUGCUGAACAAGUCAAAGAGCUAGAUAGAAAAGGACUGCUUUAUCGCAACUUCAAUAGGCCAAUUAUUAAAGAUACCGUUGCUGUUGCUGAUGGUGGUUACACAAUCGUCAGAUUUAGAGCAGAUAAUCCAGGUUUUUGGUUGAUGCAUUGUCACGUUGACUUUCACAGCGUCUUAGGAAUGAUGAUGGUAUUCAAGACCGGUGAUUUGAAUGUGCCAAUUCCUCACAACUUUCCGACUUGUGGAAAUUAUCCAUGAGUCAAAAAACAAAAAUCAAAACUGAUUACGUUCCUUAUCUUAUCAUAAAGUACAUAAGGUGCAAACAUAUAAUGAACAUACAUGUUCGUUAAUACUAA